GCGAACUAACUUCCGCGUUAGCGCAUCGAACGGAGUAAUGUACAACAACCAGACGUACAAUUGUGACCAGGUUUAAACAUUUUCUACGUGAAGAAUCCAAGUCGGCAGCAACAAUACGUUUUGUAGAUCACAAUGUGACGUCAUGUAAGAGAUCAUCUAGAUGACCUUGACCUUCAGGCAACACUGAAUCCUUUGCUGCGCUGUGAUUGUCACCAUGGCGAUAGUAUCUUACAACCCAGCAUUCAAGGGCAGAUUCACCAAAUUAGCGCAUGUGGUUUUGAUAUGCGGCACAUUUGCAAGGGGAGUGAGCGUGGCGUAUCUUGUGAUCGUGUCUCUGAUGAUUGGACGGGAGGGCAUGCUGAACGAGGGUCAGAGAAUGGUCUUCAACCAGUUCUCCCUCUAUGGACUUCUACUAGGGGACCUUUCCGAGGGCGUGGCCUACACACUUUUCUUCAUGUUACCCCUCCAUACCGUCUUUGGCGUUAUAGGGCUCCUAGGCGUUCUGUGCAGAAACAAGUUGCUCGUCUUACUGUACACCGGCUUCCUGACCAUGGCUCUCGUGCUAGAUAUCGUGUUACUGGUGCUAACCUCUAUCCUGCUUAACGGGUUAACUACCUGGAUCAAGCAGAGUUUUGCAGACUCGUACUUAUAUUAUAGUAAUACUUGGAUUAACGCGGACCUUAAAAGUGCUUGGGACGCCAUGUUUGUCAAUAACUCUGUCGGUAACGUGGAAGCAAAUCACGUUGACGAAUCUGAUAUGCAGUGUUGCGGUGUAACAGGGACCAACAACGUCUGCUCCGGUAAUGCCUACACUGUCGGCUGCUGGGACAAGUAUUACGCCCCCAUGACUGGCUACGUAUGGUCACUAUUCCUCCUCUUCAUCGGCAGUAUCGUAAUAGACAUGGUGGGCAUCGUGAUAUCCGAGCUGACGUACCAACGUAUGGACGACAAACCAAAAUGUUCAUCGGGCAUGUGUUCACAGUUCGGCAAGUUUGUGUACAGUUCAUGGAAGGCGAGCAAAGGAAAAGUCAUCUUUACUGUCAUCACAGUCAUAGAUACGAUGGCUGGCCUUGGUCUGAUCGUCGCCGGUAUCGUUACACUCCAAAGUGACUUUGUGUCUAACAGUUUCCUCAGUCCGUUGUUCGGGAACCUUCGCUUCUACAACAUGUACCUUCCCGAACUGAUGAUAGGGCUGGGUGCUACCAUGGUAACGGUCGGGGCUCUCAACACCGGCACGUGCUCCCUUGGACAUAACUUACUCUGCUUUAAAUCCAAAUUAAAGAUUAUUAUCGCCCGAGUCCUUCAGAUUACCAUGAUUGUGGUGCUCAUCGUAGCGUUUGUCUUCUGGUUUAUCAUGUUAUACGGGGUGAGAGACCUGUUGGAGUUCCAGCUCUAUAAGGAAUUUGUGGGGUACAAUCAUCAACACGACACCGGAUACUAUUACACCAAGUCGUGGCAGGCACUUUUUGUCACUUAUACAUGCUGUAAGGUGAAAGGACUGGAGUAUCGCAUCCCUCCUGUAAGUGCAGGUAUACCAGAACAGUGUUUGUAUGAAAGGACACCGGUCAACUCAAACUUAAAUUACCUCGGAGCCACCAUAGCAACCGGCAGUUACAAUGAAGAGUUCUGCGAGGAGAAAUUGUCGGACGAGAUUUACAAGUACCAGGUGGUUGUAGCCGUACUUUUUGGGAUUGCUAUUUUUGCUAAGGUAUAUACUCUCGGGUACCUGUUUACAAAGAAAUAUCAAACAGGUGACGGAAGUUCCCGAGUCCCGUUUUCCGUAACCCUUCGUGGACUGAAGAGGCAAGUCACUUCACAAAAGAUCCAAAUAAAACAGAUACAACUUAAGAAGAUGCAGGUUGCGUUGAUAUGCGUGCUUGUGACAGGGUUGUUGGUGUCAGCAGGUAUCCUAAUAACGGGGGCGAGGCUAAGGUUCGACAACGUGUUUGGUCACAAGGACAUUCAACAACUGUUCUCCUAUGUGUAUGUGGGCGGAGGCAGCCUGAACGUCUGGAUGCGUGCCCUCACUUACUAUAUGAUAGGCAUGGGAUGUGCUACCCUGUUGCUGUUUGGAAUUGCCUGUUUCUCGGUAGCAUCCGGUCUACCAGCAUUUUACAUAGUGACCUUGAUUGGCUUCCUGCUAUCUAUUGCCGUCGAAAUCUUUGGAAUCUGUGGUUGGAUCUACGUUAGGGUGGAGAUUGAUUGGAAUCUUACGAAUGAAUUAAGAUCAGUUCUCCUGAACUAUUACAGGACCGAUAGUUCUGACCAUUAUCUGUAUUACGGUACCGUCAAUCUAGGUUUUAACUUUCUAUUUUACGAGGCGGAUUGUUGCGGCGUUGAUUCGUAUAGCGACCUUAAUUAUGUCUCAUGGGUAACCAGUUACUUCAGCCCAUCAUACCCAAGAACGUGUCACUUGACAACGGAUACUGUAAGAUGGUACACCAAUAGAGCACUAGCAAUACAGAAGAAUGCCUUUGACUUAAAAGGGUGUGGCACUGAGGUUCGGAACUCCAUACACAACUAUGACGUCACUGCGUUCGUCCUAUUUGCCCUGGCCCUAGUUCUGGAGAUAACAGCGAUGGUGUUACUAGAUCGACGGUAUAAACAGACUGUUUCUCCUGACCAAGAGAGGGGUGCAUUUUCUACCCUCGUCUACUACGUAAAGGGGAAAAGGGUGAAUGAUAUCCACUUGCAUGGACUGAGUGCCAGAAUACUAGCGUUCGUAGGCAUCACCGCUUUCUUAAUGUUUGCCGAGAUACUGCUGUGGAUCGGCGUGUUGAUGCUGACAUUUGCUCCGGGGUAUUUAAAUUAUGGUUUUCUGGACAAUCUAAACACAGCAGAGGAAAUCUAUAACGAUCAAUACCCACAUUUGGGCUACCUCAUGUACGGACUUUUGAUCUGCGUUUUUGUCAUGGAGUUGGUGUUUGUUAUUUUACACUUGGUCACGAUAUUCGCCAUAAGGACACUAAGGAAAGGUUUUAUUUAUAUGUCCGCCGUACUGCUGGUUUUUAUGAUAAUCUGUGAUAUACUGACCCUCUCCCUUGCAUCACUACUGAUUAAUAAGGCGGGGUACAACUGUGAUUAUACAUUCCCUUGGACGGAAUUCUGUUCAAGCAACGCAGCAACACUGUUUAUUCUGAUGGGCGUAUUUAUAGGAUUCAGUGUCGUACAUAUACUAAUUUUGUGUGUAUUAAUUGGCCUAGGCAUACGUGUCAGUAAGGAAAAUGCUACCUCAGUGACGGUAGUUGUCCCUAUAGAUGAGCUUGAUGUCCUAUCCCUUUCCAACUCCGAUAACGACUUAUCCCUGGGAGAUAAUGUUAGGAAUGUGUCUGCGUUGAACUCUUCGAGUGAUCGGCAGAACACAGAUAGUCGCCGUAAAUCUGUCGCCAAACCUACAUCUCACCGCCGACCAUCUAUAGCCCAAUCUACUGCUGGCCGCCGAACAUCUUUAGCCCAAUCUACUGCUGGCCGCCGAACAUCUGUAGCCCAACCGAAUACUGACCGGCGUUCAUCGGUUACACCCAUUGCUGAUUCGGUGGGCGUUCGAUCACCUUUGUCUAAUGAAGACGAUGAUAUCGAAAAUGAUGACCUAGAAACAACAUACACAUAAUGUACACAUUCAUUAACCAUAUUUGGAGUGUCGUUAUACCCGUCUGCGUUGAACAUCACGAAGAAAAUUAUCGCCAAUUUCUGUUUUGUUUGCAAUGAACAUUUAAAUGUUAUAGGGGAUUAAUUCCUUUACAGUCAGUUGUAUUGUAAAGAAGAUGCCUGACGCGGAGUUUUGUUCUGACGUCAUUUCACAUGUUUUCUUAUUUCAAAUUCAACUAUUUAAAUUCAAUUAUUUAAAUUCAACUAUUUAAAUUCAACUAUUUAAAUUCAACUAUUUAAAACUAUUUAAAUUCAGCUGUUUAAAUUCAACUAUUUAAAUUCAACAUUUAAUUUCAACUAUUUAAAUCAACGGACAGGUAUAAGAUCAUCUUGUAUUAUUAGACUAAUAACGCACAACUCCCCUUCUCCCUCCAAUGAACACUGGCGAGUUUAUUGUGUGUUAUCAGUGAUCGACCGAAACUAAUUCGCAAUUUUUAUAGAUUCUCUCCGAUAAUCGAAUUUAUUCGGAAGAUUGAUUGUCGCCUCUGCUGAUGAUUUUAUGAUAUGUACAUGUGCGUAGUUUUACCUUAAUCUAUCAAUGCAAUGAUGAUAAGGUGAAAUGCUGUUCAAAAGACCGAAACGCUUGCAAAUAUUUUACUUCGAUAUUUUAAUGACCAACUUAUUCAAAUCAAUAUUUCAAAGAUGUGUGUUAAAUUUUAACUUUAUUAGGGUUUUACGACGUGAAAUACGAUGGGAAUAAAAUCUCUCUUAUUUUGACUCGAAUUCCCAUACAUGAAAGCAUAACUCCCAGAUUGGUCUCCUGUAAUUCUGGCUUGUAUGAUAUAAUAUGAAGUGGUAAAUGAAUAAUGAUACCAUGAAGAAAUGCAUAACAUAUUGUUUUUUAAAAGGUUAGUAAUAGUAUGAUGAAGGGUAUACUAUAUGAAGUGGUAAAUGAAUCUGACGAAGUAUGUAACGUGCAACAUACUUAUCACAUAGUUGUUAUAUCAGUAAUUGUCGUUAUGAUGUUAACUUGUUUGCAUAUCUGUGAUCCUCCUAGUGUCCCUCUUGCAAGUUUACAUAUCAGCACAUGCUAUAGAGUGUUUUCUUUUUUAAAAAUAAACUUGUUAUACAUAUUUAUCAUUUUACAUGUAAAUAUCAUGUUUCCUAUGUCCUUGAUGGUGUUUUUUCCCGCUUAUGUUGUCAUUUAAAAAAAGGGAAAAUACAAAUCUAACUUUCUCUGUUUGAAAUUGCAAAUCUUCAAACAAAUUGCCACAGGAUGGAAAAUAGGGACAGAACUAGUAGUUUUAGGGCCAACAAUCUCGCCAAUUCAAUAUGAUAUAUUAAAUAAAGAAUAAAGUUCAUCCUUUUUUCUCAUAUUUGUUUCCUUUUCAGAAGAUUUUUUACAUUAUAAUAAAUACGGUCAGUACACUGAAAAUUUGCGUGCCAUUCUUUUUUCAAAGAAGUGUGAAAUUAUGUGUGAUUUUACUUUAUAGUAUAUCUAAAGCAUGUGUGAUAAUAAAGGAAAGCACAUUAGUGUGU